GAUUUAACAAUUCUGAACGUAUGUGUGACAAAGAGUUCAUAAUACGCAGAGCGGCCACGAAUCGUGUCCUAAAUGUCUUGCGCCACUGGGUCUCCAAGCACUCUCAGGAUUUUGAGCUGAACAAUGAGCUGAAAAUGAAUGUGUUAAAUUUGCUGGAAGAAGUUUUAAGAGACCCUGACCUUCUGCCACAAGAAAGGAAAGCUACUGCAAAUAUAUUGAGGGUUCUUUCUCAGGAUGAUCAAGAUGAUGCGCAUUUAAAAAUAGAAGAUAUCAUUCAGUUGUCAGAUUGUCCAAAACCAGAGUGCUUUGAGACUUUGUCGGCCAUGGAGCUUGCAGAGCAAAUAACACUUUUAGAUCACGUAGUUUUCCGAAGCAUACCCUAUGAAGAGUUUCUUGGGCAGGGCUGGAUGAAAGUGGAUAAAAAUGAGCGAACACCCUAUAUUAUGAAAACUAGUCAACAUUUUAAUGAUAUGAGUAACCUUGUUGCCUCCCAAAUCAUGAAUUACGCAGAUGUCAGCUCCCGGGCUAACUCAAUUGAAAAGUGGGUAGCAGUAGCAGAUAUUUGUCGAUGUAUGCACAAUUAUAACGGUGUGUUAGAAAUCACGUCAGCCUUGAACAGAAGUGCAAUCUACAGACUUAAGAAAACUUGGGGUAAAGUAUCCAAACAGACAAAAGCUCUCAUGGACAAGCUUCAGAAGACUGUAUCAUCUGAAGGAAGAUUUAAAAAUCUUAGAGAAACGCUCAAAAACUGUAACCCACCUGCCGUUCCCUACCUUGGAAUGUACCUGACAGACCUGGCAUUCAUUGAAGAAGGAACACCAAACUUCACUGAAGAAGGUCUUGUUAAUUUUUCCAAAAUGAGAAUGAUCUCACAUAUUAUCAGGGAAAUACGCCAGUUCCAGCAGACCUCCUACCGCAUAGAGCAUCAGCAGAAGGUCACUCACUAUUUACUUGACAAGACACUCAUCAUCGAUGAAGAUUCCUUGUAUGAGCUUUCCCUAAAGAUUGAACCCAGACUCCCCGCCUGA